UAACAGACGAUCUCAGCAAACUUGAAAAAUACUACUAUGGAGGAGAUCAGUAGCAACAAACCACCAUCACAUAUUGAGAUGGUGUUGGAUCCAUCUACGAUCAUCACACAAGCAAGGCGAGAUCUCAACGCCGUCGUCGUCUCUGGGAAGAAGCAAUCUCGAUCUCUAUCUCUAUCGUCCAUCUUAACAAAGAUCCACGCUGGCUACUUCAGGAUCGGCAUCUCGUUAUGCAGCCAAGCCUUACUCUGGAAGACCCUAGGCGAGCCCACCUCCCAACCUAACUCUCUCCAGCGUCUCCUCUGCAUGGUACCCACCGCCGUCACCAUCUUCCUCUGGUUUCUCGCCCUCCUCGCUCUCCUACUCCUCUCCCUUCUCUACCUUCUCCGCUGCUUCUACUACUUCAAAAUGGUUAAAGCUGAGUUCCUUCACCACGUCGGAAUCAACUACUUCUUCGCUCCCUGGAUUUCAUGGCUUCUCCUUCUUCAAUCUGCUCCCUUCAUCACCCCAAGUACCGUUUACUAUCAUAUCCUUUGGUGGGUUUUCGUGUUGCCUGUGAUCGUUCUCGACGUCAAGAUCUACGGUCAGUGGUUUACCAAAGGGAAGCGAUUCUUAUCGGAUGUGGCCAACCCCACGAGCUUAUUAUCUGUGAUGGGCAACCUUGCUGGAGCCCAAGCUGCGGCUCAGAUGGGUUGGAAGGAGUGUGCGAUGUUUAUGUUCUCACUGGGAAUCUCACAUUAUCUGGUACUCUUCGUUACUCUGUAUCAGAGGUUAUCGGGAACUGAUCAUCGGCUUCCUACGAUGCUCCGGCCAGUCUUCUUCCAGUUCUUUGCGGCGCCGAGUAUGGCUAGCUUGGCAUGGGACUCCAUCGCUGGAAACUUCGACAUUUCUUCCAAGAUGCUCUUCUUCCUCUCCCUCUUCCUCUUCACGUCUCUGGUUUCAAGGCCAACCUUAUUCAAGAAAGCCAUGAAGAGGUUCAACGUUGCAUGGUGGGCUUACUCGUACCCCCUCACGAUGCUGGCAUUGGCAGCGGCGGAGUACGCACAAGAGGUGAAUGGAAGCAUAGCUAGAGGGCUAGCGUAUGUGCUAUCUGGGCUAUCGGUUCUGGUCUCCCUUGCCUUGAUUGUCUCCACUGCACUCAACUCCAGUAUGCUCUUACCUGAUAAAGAUCCUAUUCUGAGCCAUCCUACAAAUCGCUGAACAUACAGAAAUCCACAGAGACUUUACCUGGGGAGAUCUCCAUAAAAUUGUAUAGCGCCACGUAGCAAAGAAGCUAGGAAUUUUCAAGAUAUCUUGUAAAUCUGUUGUUGAUCAUGAUAUAGUUUUCUUUUCCAAGAAAGGGAACGAUCGAUCUUCACUGCUAGCUACUACCUUGUAAAUGCUAAAAUCUUGUACUUCGGUUUUCACUUCAUCAAGGAAAAAUUAUAGAUCUUUUCACAA